CUUUUUGUGAUUGUACUUGAGCUUUGAGUUUUCCUGUGUUUGUUUUUGUUUUUGAGAUUAUGAUAAUAAUCAGCAUAUGAAGUUUUCAUAUUCAUUGUUUGAAUAAAGAUUGCCCCGCUGGUUUUCUCGCCCUGUUUUCUGUCUUUCUUAAAAGGCAAUUAAAGUAUAGGAUUUAUAAGUUCAGUAGAGUUAAAAAUUGAACACCCACAUGGCCAAUGAUGCAGAAAAAUUGCUGUUCCGAAUGCAGCAUAUCAUUCCACAGCAACUUUCUUCAGUUCUGAAUGUACAUGACAAGGAAACAGUAUCAUCAAAUGUUAAUCCAAUGGAAAUUGAAUUCCAAAUGACAUGGGGGAAAGUAGCUGCUAAAGUAUGGGGACCACCUGAUGGACGGCCAGUAUUUGCCUUACAUGGAUGGUUGGAUAAUGCUGCUACCUUUGAUGCCUUGAUACCUCUUCUGCCACAAAAUUUAAGAAUAGUUGCUGUGGACACAGCUGGACAUGGACUCAGUGAUCAUUAUCCUCCUGAUAUUGCCUACAACUUUUUUGAUUGCCUUGUUGCAAUUGAGAGAUUAGCUGGUCUGCUCAAAUGGAAAAAGUUCUCAUUCCUUGGCCACUCAAUGGGCGCGGCCAUGGGGAUGCUGUACGCGGGAGUUUUCCCGGAAAAAGUAGAUACCCUUGUCUGUCUUGAUUUAGCUAGAGCAGAAGUCACCAGACCAAAAACGGUUGGCUACAGGCUAAGAAAAACCACAGAAAAACUGCUGAAAUACGAAGCCGCUAUCGUCGCAGGUCCAGAGAAACCAUUCAGCUAUGAUGCAGCAAUCGAAAGAAGUAUAACUGGCUCGUUUGGAUCACUGGACAAAAAUGCGUGUCAUCUUCUUUUCAAGCGUGGCCUUAAAAGAGUUGACGGUGGUCACGUUUUCCGAAGAGAUAGAAGAUUGAUGGCUGCGCCUUUAACCUUAACUCCUAAAGAAGAUCAACUCGAAAUGGCCAAAGAAGUUACUGCUAAUGUUUUAGUUAUCAAGUUUGCUCAGGGACCAGAUUUUGAGAGCCCUGAGAAUUUCAUGGAGCACGUCAAGACGCUUCAAACCAAAGCCAAGAAUGUUCGGUAUGUAGAAGUGGAAGGUGCGCAUCACGUUCAUCUUACUCAUCCAGAUCGUAUUGCUGCCAUUAUUUCCGAAUUCUUCAAUGCUCCAAGUAGUGGCGGCAUUCCUUGACCAAGUUCGGUGCAACUAGAUUUAGCAUCCCCGCCCUCCCAAACGGUAAAAAUAACUGUAGUAAUAUCGCAAACUUACGUGAAUCAAUAGGGAAAUUGUAAUCUCAAUUUCCCUUGAGGACCAAAUACUGCUAAACUUCUUCCCGAGUGAAAUAAAAAGCAUAAAAAUUG